UAAAAAUAUUUUCCGUGCGCAUCUCUUAAAAAAUAACAUGGGGUUCAAAAGAACCUAAAGUGAUAACAUAUUCCUUAUAAAGAAAACCUAGUACAAUAAAAAACUGGUCUAUUCUAUACUUUCUAUUGUUCUUUAUCUACAACGCGAAACAAAUCACCACGUGACUACGCGUACCCUUAGUAACAAAAGGAGCUUUUUUACCUGCGCAGGAGUGACUAAGAGAGCUUUAAAAGCUGCCAGUCUGGGUCGUACUGUCACAGUGAACGAACGCGUUUCAGACAGCACGGACGUUUUAGUGUGUUAAAAAAUAAAUUGACAAAUAAUUUUAAAAGUGGUUGCCAUUCUGUCUCAUGGUUUUGCAGACCAGACAGUAAGGACAAUUUUAAUUGUGAGGGUAUCAAGUAAUACGUAUAGUGUACGGCAGUCAGUUUACGCUCGGUGCUCGGAGAGUGUAGACGUGUUCUGACUUUUAUCGUGCGAUAGUAUUUUUAUAUUUAGAGACAUUUGAUUAAAAUUAUACCUUGUGCCCGCAAAGUCUAGACGUGGAUUAUCAGAUACUGAUUGACAUAACAUUUAAGGUUAUAAGAGACUGGGAUUCUUCAAACCAAAUCCAAGACAAAACUUAAUAUCUUUAAAAGGAGUUUGAAAAAUAAAAAUGGAAGAAGUGGCUGAAAACAAUACGGCGCAGCCAAAGGAAAAACCCAGCGCGAAGGUUGGGCCCUUCAAUUUCAUUCCCUAUGAAACGGCCACUGGAGAAAUCUUGUUUGUAGGCCAAUAUAUUAAAUUACCGAAUGACUACGAAGAUCAGUCUCCAAAGAAAGGAGUUAAAAGUCGCAAGCGCACUAAGAUCGCGUUCACCGAUGCGCACGAGUACAAACUCGAGACUGAGUUCUUGAAAAGUCCCCUUUUGGACAAAGCUCGCCGGGAAUAUCUCUCAAAAUGCCUUAAUUUGACAGAAAGGACCCUUAAAAUCUGGUUCUUAAAUCGCCGUAAGAAGGCGACGUGAUUUUUUUGAAUCUCCAACUAAAUCCCGGUCUCUGAGCACGUAUAAUUUUGUCCAAUGACCCCAAGCUACCCAUCCGCGACUGUGCGCCGGG